AUUAUAAGCGUAUCUUAAUUAAGGUGAUAUAAUUUAAGUCUUUAGGCAAACAGCAUCCGUGCAUAGAGAUAACAGAGGAUUUAUGGACCCCAACAGAAGUGAUAUAUAAAGACGUUACUCCACAAGAGGGUUUGUUUGUGUUAAAAUGAGUGUGAAAAAACAAGAGUGCAGUGAUGAAAAAUAUGAGCUGGUACCUCCUGAAGGAGGAUGGGGUUAUGCUGUGUGCGUCGGACUCUCUGUUAUAUUUAUAGCUGGCACAGCCCACCAGCCAGUGUUCGGGUUCAUUUACAACGAGUUCUUGGACGAGCUUGGGGUCGGUACGGGAGCCGUGACCGUGGUCUACGGAGUGUUUCAAGUCACGGUUGCUGUUGCUGGUUUCUCGGCGAAUAUAGCUCUGAAGAAACUAUCGUUACGACAAGUCGGGCUUAUAGGGGCUUUUAUAUAUACAAUAGCAUCGUUCCUAGCAAUAUUCGUAGUAUCUACAACACAACUAGUCUUAACAAAUGGAUUCCUGCAGGGUUUGGGCAUGGGCCUUCUGAUUCCUGUCUCCUACACAAGUUUCAACAGUUAUUUUACAAAGAAAAAAGUACUUUACUUAAGUUUAUGUAAGGCGUCAAUUGGUUUGAUCACGAUGGUGUAUCCUCUCUUUGUGAAAUUCACGAUGAACGAGUACGGAUUCAGAGGAACACUCGCCAUACUUUGCGGUAUAUCAGCCCAUAGCAUUUUUGGAGCAAUGGUCAUGCACCCAGUCAAAUGGCAUAUGGUGAAACAAUUGAAGACAUGUGAAGCAAUUGUUUUGAUACCGCCCACACCAGCAGUAGAGACCAACAUCGACAAAUUCAAUUUCACCAAAAAUACCGAGCCAAUCACAGAGACGGACAACGCGAAAUCAAUGGAAAAUUUGUGCCAGAUCAAACGUUCGGAAACCCGAAAAGGGUCGGAAUUAUUAUUUGUGCCAAAAUUGGCCGAUUCCAGGCGGCUGAGCAUUCCAGUGGUGUUGAUACCAGAUGAUGGAAAGACUGACAGUAAAUUUAAUUCAAGCGAUAACGUAUACUUAGAGAAUUUGUACAAAGCCGCUUCUGUGUCCAGUUUGGGCAAUUUUGGAAGUAUAGCUGUAGAGCCUAUGCCUAUUAUUAAGAAUAGAGAGGGGAAGUGGCAAACGGUCGCAGAGUUCCUAGACUUGACUUUAUUAAAAGAUUUAGUUUACGACAACAUAAUAUUUGGUAUGGCGUUGACAUUUUUUGCCGACCUUACUUUCUUCACACUAGAACCAUUGUUUUUGGAUAAGAAUAAUUUAAGUCGGGCAGAAAUAGCGAAUAUAAUCGCGCUAGGUGGCGCAACAGAUAUGUCAGCAAGAUUAUUCCUGGGCGUGGCAGGGCAGUUCUUCCGAAUGAACAGUCGAUACAUGUUUUUCGCAGGAGCAUUGCUAGCUGCUCUAGUCAGAUUAGUGUUCAUACAGUUCACAACGUACCUGCCAUUACUAAUCCUGACUGGCAUUCUUGGAGCCAUAAGGUCCUUGGUCCACAUCGCUCAGCCUAUAGUCAUGGCUGAACAUGUACCCAUAGAAAGGUACCCUCCAGCGUACGGGCUGUAUAUGCUGCUAGCCGGAGGACUCAGUUUAACUGUUGGACCCAUGAUAGGGUUCAUCCGCGACUUCACUGGGAGUUACACCAUCGCCUUCAACAUGCUCACAGCGUGUAAUCUCUGCUGUGUUGUACCCUGGGCCAUAGAAUUUAUACUUAACUAUAGGAAGCAGAGGCGGCACAAAUCGACCAGUCGGAUAUGAGAUUAUUAUACUAUUGUGUUCAUAAGAGUUAGUCAGCUAACUCCCACCGUGAUAUUAAUUAUUGUAAGCAUAACAUACCUUUGAUAAUAUAUUUUGUUUAA